AAGACUGAAGAAGCCUCCUUCCUGGGGAAGAUGAUCAUGUUUGAGAGGAAAAUCUGAGCCCAAACUGGUAAAGCCAAAGACAUCCAGCUGAGGGAAGGAACUGCAGACCUUGCAGAACCCACAAAGACCGGCCUGAAUUCAGGAGCCCUUCCUCCCCCUGCGUCACCAUGGCAACAUUCUGCACAUGCGCUUCGCGGCUGUGUCUAGGCCUGGCGGAAGCAGGCUCUGCGAGCAGGGCAAGAACACAGGGCGGGCUUUUAAAGGGAUAAUCCUUCUUCCUGCCAGCCUGCUUGCACGGACUGUGAAGUAUUCUGUUACAUCCUAACCACAACCUAUAGCCUCAACCAUGGCCAGACCUCCCAUGCACGGUUCGGUGAUUGUCCCAGACUGGCAUGAGACCGUCGAGGGCAAGGAGUACUUAGCCUGCAUCCUGCGCAAGAAUCGCCGGCGGGAAUUUGGGUUGCUUGAACGGCCAGUGCUACCCCCUUCAGUGGCCAUUGAUACUGCCAGCUACAAGAUCUUUGUGUCCGGGAAGAGCGGUGUGGGCAAGACGGCACUGGUGGCGAAGCUGGCAGGCCUGGAGGUGCCUGUAGUGCACCAUGAGACCACUGGUAUUCAGACCACUGUGGUGUUUUGGCCAGCCAAGCUACAGGCCAGUGACCGUGUAGUCAUGUUCCGCUUCGAGUUCUGGGACUGUGGGGAGUCCGCCCUCAAGAAGUUUGAUCACAUGCUGCCGGCUUGCAAAGAGAAUGCAGAUGCCUUCCUGUUCCUCUUUUCUUUCACUGACCGCGCCUCCUUCGAAGACCUUCCUGGGCAGUUGACCCGCGUAGCCAGCGAAGCUCCUGGGGUCGUUAAGAUGGUUAUUGGCUCCAAGUUUGACCAGUACAUGCACACAGACGUGCCAGAGCGAGACCUCACAGCCUUCCGGCAAGCAUGGGAAUUGCCCUUGUUACGGGUGAAGAGUGUGCCAGGGCGGCGGCUGGCAGAUGGGCGUACACUGGACGGGAGGGCUGGGCUGGCUGACACUGCUCAUGUGCUCAAUGGCCUUGCAGAACAAUUGUGGCACCAGGACCAGGUGGCAGCCGGCCUGCUCCCCAGCUCCCCAGAGAAUGCUCCUGGCUGAAGGGUGAUGGCAUCCUGAGUAGGGACAGAGACUGAUGAUCCCCACUCCCCUAUCUUAAGUGACCCAGGACAGAUGGUGGGACCUAGGGCCCAAGGCUGAUGCAAGAACACAGUCCUCAGGACUGGCUGGGGAGGGCCCUCGCCUGGCAGUAAGAUGGGGACACAAGGCUCCAGAGCCAAAAGGUCUCCCAGCCCCCCUGCCCUUCACCCUUCUACAGCAUCCACCGAGGGUAUGGUGGUGGUGGGAGCACCUCAGAAGGACCCUGGACCUCUCUUGACUUCAACCAGGAGCAUUGCUGGUUGAAGUAACACCGUUUGCUCCAACAGAUAAACUCUGAGAUCUGGUUGAACUCUGUAGGAGUGGUUUUUCGCUCCCUGCACUUACUCAGACACAUGUUCCCAGUUUAUUAGCAUCCCGUCAGCAGACCUGGAAUAAGUACAUGGCUACCAGAGGUUUCUAUGGGCACACUGCAUUGACCAGCACCCAGUCACAUGGAACUAAAAGGGAGCCUGAGAGAAGUGGUCCACCUGCAUAUUUAGGAAGCUAUAGACGUUCUCUCUGAGGACUCUUGACCUUGAGUACUAUGAAGGUAUAAACCGGCCUUCAGACAAGGGCUUUGCCUAGGAGUUGGAAAAUAUCACUGGGCAGGGCCAAGGACCCUCCCUACUGAGUAGGGGAUAGGAUAUGAGGUAGCCUGAGCUAGCUCUCCAGUAUGGGAGGAGGGUGAGCAUAAGCAAGGGCACAGUGAAACCACUGAUCUAGACCACUUCGUGGGUAGAAAGAAAGGUUUACUGGGAUCAGAAUGUCAAAGCUAUCUCUCAGUGGAGGGGCAGGCAGAGAAAGUAGCAAAAUGCUGGAAAAGCGAGCAGAUUUUAGAUGACAGCAGGGGAGGAUUUGUGAGCUGAUACAGGCUGUUCAGAUUAAUUGGGAACUAGAUACCCAAAGUAGUUGACCUUUGGGGCAAAUAAAGGGAGGUCCUAGUUAGCAGAAACCCAACUUAGGGGAUUCCUGAGGAAUCCCAAAUUUAAGUUUCUGAUUACCCAGUCAGAAUCCUUCUGUUUAGGACCUUGUCACCAGCACUGCCAUUUUGGCAGUCCACUUUGGACAUAGCAGUGAGCAGAUUCAGCUUUGUGUCAUCCAAGCUCCCUCAGUCAGGCUGAUGUGGCUGAUUUUAGUAGCUUUUGUUUGGUUGUUUUUGGAGACAAAGUUUCUCUGGCUGUCCUGGAA